AUGUUGCAGCAGACAUCUGGAGGAGGGGGCGGGGGGUCAAUAAUGGCGCUGAACGUGUUCAAGUUCUGCACUUUCCUGCGCGCCCUCGGUUCCAUUAUGAUCUUCUUGGUGGUGGGCGUCAUCGGGUUGACCUAUUAUGUUAUCGUCGUUCAGAAUUACGGCCCAGCUCUGUUCAAUGGCGGGGUCGAUUCGUUUGUUGCUUUCCUCGUGUUGCUUCUCUUCCAUGCUUUCUUGGUGAUGCUUGUAUGGAGCUACUUUUCCACUAUUCUGACGGAUCCUGGUGGUGUCCCGCAAACUUGGAGGCCAACAACAGAUGAGGAGGAGGGUGGUAUUGUGGAUCCAUUGGUGGAUACAGCGGCUGGUUUAGGUAUAAACAGGGAUGAAACACAGAAAAUACGAUUCUGUCGGAAGUGCAACCAGUUUAAACCACCUCGUUCCCACCACUGCUCGGUUUGCCGAAGAUGCAUAUUAAAGAUGGACCACCACUGUGUUUGGGUCGUUAAUUGUGUUGGGGCACUGAACUACAAGUAUUUCCUUCUUUUUUUGUUCUACACAUUUCUUGAAACAGCCCUUGUCACUGUAUCGUUGCUGCAUCUGUUCAUAGCGUUUUUUGGGGAUGGUGAAUUAGAUGGAACGGUAGGGGAUCUCGUGGCUACUUUUAUUGCAUUUGUUUUGAAUUUGUCAUUUGCAUUGAGUCUCCUGGGCUUUGUUAUUUUGCACAUAUCAUUGGUGUUAGCCAAUACCACGACCAUCGAGGCUUAUGAAAAGAAAACUGAUCCCAGAUGGCGUUAUGACCUUGGUCGAAUGAGGAACUUUGAACAGGUAUUCGGCACUGACAAGAGAUACUGGCUAAUCCCGGCAUAUACGGCUGACGAUUUAAGGCAUAUGCCAGCACUGCAUGGGUUGGAGUACCCAAUCAGACCCAACUUGGGUGAGCUUCAGGAGCUCUGA